AUGAAUACGAGUAAGACAAAAGUGGAGAUAGAUGACUAUACAAAUACAGGAGGGUUGAAUCUAGACUCUCCGACUACUAAACAAGCAAUGCUCAGAUUGGGGGUCAAGAGAAAUGAGUUAUUUAAACCUUCUCCAAGUCGAAUAGAUAAAAAGAAAACCUCCGCAGAAAGGAAAAUCAUUAAUAUGCAAGAUAAGGGAAAGUUCAAGCUCUGGAGAAAGACAGUUAAAGACAUUGCUCAGGAACGAAACACUAUCCUUGCAUUGAAGUAUAUAAAGACUUACGAAAGUGAUGGCAAAUAAGAACUCAGAUAUCUAUAGAUACAAGCUUGGGCUGGGCAAGAAGAGAACUGUCGAUAAUUCAAAACUUAAUCUGAAUGAAAGCGAGUCUCUUGGAAAAACACCAAAUGAGAAUUACCAGAAUAAUAAUGAAAGUCCUUCUCAUCCUAAAAUUAUUACUCUCGAAAGAGCAGAGAGUCCAGAUUAUAGCGAAUUAUUUCCAAAGAUUGGAAGUGACAAAUCACCAAAGUUUAGUUCUAAACAGUCUAGAGGAGCUAGCCAGAGCCAGAAAAGGACAGAUUUUAUCUCUAAGAAGCAUCAGGCUUAUUCGAUACUUAAACUAAAGGAUAUGAAGAAGUCGUCAAAAUCAAGUCGUAAUCUUCCAAAAUCUAGAGUGGAAAAGUACUUAAGACACCCUCUUACCAACUUCGAUCAUAUUGAUGAUGAAAUUGUAAAUAAAGGGAUAUUCGACCUAAAAAGUUCUAAAGCAAGCCAAAUUGCAUCUCUCCCAUACACAAGUUUCUGUGACCUGAGAAGUAACAGCACCCUUCGGACAGUCUCUGAAGGAGGUGGGUCUAAAAUAUCCCGUAAGAGGGAUCUUGAGAUUCAAAAGUACUGCAUCUCUGAGCUAAACAGACAAAAUCAGUUAAAAGAGAAAGCCAAUUUUGACAAAAGACUCAAAUAUCAUAAAGAGCACACUGAAAGACUCAGGAAGAUAAAAAUUGAUCUCCAAAAGAAGAAGAGGCAGAAAGCAUCUGAAAAUGUGAAGAAAAUGAAUCAUGAAAUUGAUAAAUAAACUAAAUAAGGGCUACAAAGACCGCAUGAAGGAAAUCCUUAACCAAAAAAUCAUACAACCUGAUGGUCGGGAAAAAUGGAUUAAGGACCAGAUUGCUCUUCAGAGGAAGCAGAGGAACCUAAAAGAGAAAGAAGAAAAGGAAAUUCAAGAUUGUUUCAGAAAGUUACAGAAAUUACAAAAUCGUCAAAAAUAAUGCAGAAAUGAGGUACAGAAAUAACCUGUCUAGUAAGACCUAUGGAGGCAAGGAUGAUUAUUACCAAACCCAGCUCAGAAGGCUAGAGCUGACAAAGAAAGAAGAACAAGAGAAAAAGCUCAAGUUAUUUCAAUAUAUGUCGAAGGAAAAUAAGCACAAAGAAUGCUACGAUGAUCUCCAAAGACGCAAAAAGUGGAACCAGAAUAAAAAGAACGAAAGAAGAGAGCAAAAAUUCAAGAAUGUUGAGAGGAAUCUUGACCUCCAGAACCAGCAGAGGCAAAAGAGUGUUCAUAAACUCAGGAAAAAGCUUCUUCAGGGAUCAAAUUCAGCUGUUAUCGACCUGGAAAGCCAGGAACUCAAGAGAGCAAGAGAAGAGAUGAAGAUCGAGAAUGUUAGGAUUAACCAAGAAAGAGCCAAAAGACAGCUGGAGUACAAGAAAUACAAAGUCAUUGUUAAACAUGUUAAUGGCAUAAGGAAUAAAAUUAAAAAGAAAAUAGACCAAGAUUUUGAAAUCCAGAAAAAAAGUUAUGAUGCCUAUCAAGAAAAUUUAAAGAUGAUUAAGGCUCAGCAAAAGUUAGAUAAGAUAGUCAAGAAAGGCCAGAUUAAUUCUAAAUCUAUGAAGAAAUUGAUCAGCAAAGCUGAUGUUCAAGGCAAAGUUAUCAAGAGGAAGCAUCUUCAAGAGGAUGAAGGUGAAGGAGAAGAGUAUUAG